GCGGCGGGGCCGGGACGCGGGGCGGCGGCGGCGGCGGGACGCGGGGACCAUGGCGGCCGCCGAGCGCCGCGCCUUCGCGCACAAGAUCAACAGGACGGUGGCUGCAGAGGUGCGGAAGCAGGUGUCCCGGGAACGCAGUGGCUCCCCCAGCUCCAGCAGGCGCUGCAGUAGCUCCCUGGGGGUCCCACUGACUGAAGUUGUCGAGCCCCUGGACUUUGAGGAUGUACUUCUGAGUCGGCCACCAGACGCUGAGCCCGGGCCCCUCAGGGACCUGGUCGAAUUCCCAGCUGACGACUUGGAGCUGCUGCUGCAGCCCCGGGAAUGCCGGACCACAGAGCCCGGGAUCCCCAAGGAUGAAAAACUGGAUGCUCAGGUGAGGGCCGCGGUGGAGAUGUAUAUCGAGGACUGGGUCAUCGUCCACAGAAGGUAUCAGUACCUGAGUGCAGCAUACAGCCCCGUCACCACGGAGACACAGCGAGAGCGACAGAAGGGCCUCCCCCGCCAGGUCUUUGAGCAGGAUGCUUCUGGAGACGAGAGGUCCGGCCCUGAGGACUCGAAUGACUCCCGGCGCGGCUCAGGCUCCCCGGAAGACACCCCUCGAAGCAGUGGUGCCUCUAGCAUCUUCGACCUGAGGAACCUGGCAGCUGACUCAUUGCUGCCCUCGCUGCUAGAGCGGGCGGCCCCAGAAGAUGUGGACCGGCGCAAUGAAAGCCUUCGACGGCAGCACCGGCCCCCGGCCCUGCUUACCCUCUACCCGGCGCCUGACGAGGACGAAGCCGUGGAACGCUGUAGCCACCCAGAGCCACCCCGCGAGCACUUUGGACAGAGGAUCUUGGUCAAGUGUCUGUCACUCAAGUUUGAGAUUGAAAUUGAGCCCAUCUUUGGGAUCUUGGCUCUGUAUGACGUGCGGGAGAAAAAGAAGAUCUCGGAGAACUUCUACUUCGACCUGAACUCGGACUCCAUAAAGGGGCUGCUUCGGGCUCAUGGCACCCACCCUGCCAUCUCCACCUUGGCCCGCUCUGCCAUCUUCUCCGUGACCUACCCCUCACCUGACAUCUUCCUGGUCAUCAAGUUGGAGAAGGUGCUUCAGCAAGGGGACAUCAGUGAGUGCUGUGAGCCUUACAUGGUGAUGAAAGAAGUAGACACAGCCAAGAACAAAGAGAAGCUAGAGAAGCUGCGUCUGGCGGCUGAGCAGUUCUGCACCCGCCUGGGCCGCUACCGCAUGCCCUUUGCCUGGACGGCCGUGCACUUGGCCAACAUCGUGAGCAGCGCUGGGCAGCUGGACCGGGACUCUGACUCGGAGGGCGAGCGCCGGUCAGCUUGGACAGACCGCCGCCGUCGGGGGCCCCAGGACCGGGCGAGUAGUGGGGACGACGCCUGCAGUUUCUCUGGCUUCCGCCCAGCCACGCUAACUGUCACAAACUUCUUUAAGCAGGAGGCUGAGCGACUUAGUGACGAGGACCUCUUCAAGUUCCUGGCUGACAUGAGGCGCCCGUCGUCCCUGCUGCGGCGACUACGUCCUGUGACUGCCCAGCUCAAGAUCGACAUUUCUCCAGCUCCGGAAAAUCCCCACUUCUGCCUCUCCCCCGAGCUGCUUCAUAUCAAGCCCUACCCGGACCCCAGGGGCCGGCCCACCAAGGAGAUCCUGGAGUUCCCUGCUCGCGAAGUCUACGCCCCCCAUACCAGCUAUAGGAACCUGCUGUACGUGUACCCGCACAGCCUCAACUUCAGCAGCCGCCAGGGCUCCGUGCGCAACCUUGCCGUGCGAGUGCAGUACAUGACAGGCGAGGACCCCAGCCAGGCCCUGCCGGUCAUCUUUGGCAAGUCCAGCUGCAGUGAAUUUACCCGCGAGGCCUUCACACCGGUGGUCUACCAUAACAAGUCUCCUGAAUUCUACGAGGAGUUCAAGCUGCAUCUUCCAGCCUGCGUGACAGAGAACCAUCACCUGCUGUUCACCUUCUACCACGUCAGCUGCCAGCCCCGGCCGGGCACUGCCCUGGAGACGCCCGUGGGCUUUACUUGGAUCCCACUGCUGCAGCAUGGGCGCCUGAGGACCGGCCCCUUCUGUCUCCCAGUGUCCGUGGACCAGCCGCCGCCCAGCUAUUCCGUGCUCACACCCGAUGUGGCGCUGCCGGGCAUGCGCUGGGUGGACGGUCACAAGGGCGUGUUCAGUGUGGAGCUCACGGCCGUGUCCUCUGUGCACCCCCAGGACCCCCACCUGGACAAGUUCUUCACCCUGGUGCAUGUCCUGGAGGAGGGGGCCUUCCCAUUCCGGCUCAAGGACGCUGUGCUGAGCGAGGGCAACGUGGAGCAGGAGCUGCGGGCCAGUCUUGCAGCACUGCGCCUGGCCAGCCCCGAACCCCUCGUGGCCUUCUCCCACCACGUGCUGGACAAGCUCGUGCGUCUGGUCGUCAGGCCCCCGAUCAUCAGUGGCCAGAUUGUGAACCUGGGCCGUGGAGCCUUUGAAGCAAUGGCCCACGUAGUCAGCCUUGUCCACCGGAGCCUGGAGGCAGCCCAGGAUGCCCGCGGUCACUGCCCACAGCUGGCUGCCUACAUCCACUACGCAUUUCGCCUGCCUGGCACUGAGCCCAGCCUUCCGGAUGGGGCCCCUCCAGUGACAGUGCAGGCUGCCACACUGGCCCGUGGCUCUGGUCGCCCCAUAAGCCUCUACCUGGCGCGUUCCAAAAGCAUCAGCAGCAGCAACCCCGACCUCGCCGUGGCCCCUGGCUCUGUGGAUGACGAGGUUUCCCGCAUCCUGGCCAGCAAGGGCAUCGAUCGCUCACACUCCUGGGUGAAUUCCGCUUAUGCUCCAGGAGGCAGUAAGGCUGUGCUGCGGCGGGCGCCCCCUUACUGUGGGGCCGACCCCAGACAGGCCAUCGACCGCGCCUCUAGCCGAGCCUCCUCCUACCUCGAGGGUUCCUCCUCAGCCCCACCAGCCACCCAGCCGAGACCCACUGUACAGAAGCUGCUUCACGAGGAGCUGGCUCUGCAGUGGGUGGUCAGCAGCAGUGCCGUACGCGAGGCCAUCCUCCAGCACGCCUGGUUCUUCUUCCAGCUCAUGGUGAAGAGUAUGGCACUGCACCUGCUUCUUGGCCAGCGACUAGACACACCCCGCAAGCUGCGCUUCCCUGGGCGCUUCCUGGACGACAUCACUGCCCUGGUGGGCUCUGUGGGCCUGGAGGUCAUCACCCGUGUCCACAAGGAUGUGGAGCUGGCCGAGCGCCUCAACGCCAGCCUGGCCUUCUUCCUCAGUGACCUUCUGUCCCUGGUGGACCGGGGCUUUGUCUUCAGCCUGGUCCGGGCCCACUACAAGCAGGUGGCCACGCGGCUCCAGUCGUCCCCUAAUCCAGCGGCCCUGCUGACCCUGCGCAUGGAAUUCACUCGCAUCCUAUGCAGCCACGAGCACUACGUGACCCUCAACCUCCCCUGCUGCCCCCUGUCGCCCCCAGCCUCGCCCUCCCCCUCUGUGUCCUCCACCACGUCCCAGAGCUCCACCUUCUCCAGCCAAGCCCCGGACCCCAAGGUGACCAGCAUGUUCGAACUGAGUGGACCAUUCCGGCAGCAGCACUUCCUAGCUGGUCUCCUGCUGACAGAGCUGGCGCUGGCCCUUGAACCUGAGGCUGAGGGGGCAUUUCUGUUGCACAAGAAGGCCAUCAGUGCUGUGCACAGCCUGCUAUGUGGCCAUGACACUGAUCCCCGCUAUGCAGAGGCCACCGUGAAGGCUUGUGUGGCUGAGCUGUACCUGCCGCUGCUAUCGAUUGCACGGGACACCUUGCCACGGCUGCAUGACUUUGCUGAGGGUCCAGGUCAGCGGUCAAGACUGGCCUCAAUGCUUGACUCAGACACAGAAGGCGAAGGGGACAUUGCGGGUACCAUCAACCCCUCUGUGGCCAUGGCCAUUGCUGGUGGCCCCCUAGCCCCUGGCUCCCGGGCCAGCAUCUCCCAGGGGCCGCCAACGGCUUCUCGCGCAGGCUGUGCCCUCUCUGCUGAGUCAAGCCGGACCUUGCUGGCGUGCGUGCUGUGGGUGCUGAAAAAUGCCGAGCCGGCGCUCCUGCAGCGCUGGGCCACUGACCUGACACUCCCCCAGCUGGGACGUCUCUUGGACUUGCUGUACCUCUGCCUGGCUGCCUUCGAGUACAAGGGGAAAAAGGCCUUUGAACGCAUCAACAGCCUCACAUUCAAAAAAUCGCUGGAUAUGAAGGCACGUCUAGAGGAAGCCAUUCUGGGCACCAUCGGAGCUCGACAAGAAAUGGUUCGGCGAAGUCGUGAGAGGAGCCCAUUUGGGAAUCCAGAGAACGUGCGCUGGCGGAAGAGCGUCACACACUGGAAGCAAACCUCAGACCGCGUGGACAAGACCAAGGAUGAAAUGGAACACGAGGCCUUGGUGGAAGGGAACCUGGCAACCGAGGCAAGCCUAGUAGUUCUGGACACACUGGAGAUCAUCGUGCAGACGGUGAUGCUUUCAGAAGCCCGGGAGAGCGUCUUAGGGGCAGUGCUGAAGGUUGUGCUGUACAGCCUGGGCAGUGCCCAGAGUGCCCUCUUCUUGCAGCAUGGCCUGGCCACCCAGAGGGCCCUUGUGUCCAAGUUCCCGGAGCUGCUGUUUGAGGAGGACACGGAGCUGUGUGCUGACCUGUGCCUGAGGCUCCUACGACACUGUGGCAGCCGCAUCAGCACCAUCCGCACGCACGCCAGCGCCUCGCUGUACCUGCUCAUGCGACAGAACUUCGAGAUCGGCCACAACUUUGCCCGUGUGAAGAUGCAGGUCACCAUGUCUCUCUCGUCCCUGGUGGGGACAACACAGAACUUCAGUGAAGAGUACCUGCGACGUUCACUCAAAACCAUCCUCACCUAUGCUGAGGAGGACGUGGGGCUGCGGGACAGCACCUUCGCGGAGCAGGUCCAGGACCUGAUGUUCAACCUGCACAUGAUCCUGACGGACACGGUGAAGAUGAAAGAACACCAGGAGGACCCUGAGAUGCUCAUCGACCUCAUGUACAGAAUUGCCCGGGGCUACCAGGGCUCGCCAGACCUGCGGCUGACCUGGCUGCAGAACAUGGCCGGGAAGCACGCGGAGCUGGGCAACCAUGCCGAGGCCGCCCAGUGCAUGGUGCAUGCAGCCGCCCUCGUGGCUGAGUACCUCGCCCUGCUUGAGGACCACCGCCACCUGCCCGUGGGCUGUGUUUCCUUCCAGAACAUCUCAUCCAACGUGCUAGAGGAGUCCGCCAUCUCCGACGACAUCCUGUCCCCCGACGAGGAGGGCUUCUGCUCCGGGAAGCACUUCACUGAGCUGGGGCUGGUGGGGUUGCUGGAACAGGCAGCCGGCUACUUCACCAUGGGUGGACUCUACGAGGCGGUGAAUGAGGUCUACAAGAACCUCAUCCCCAUCCUGGAAGCCCACCGUGACUACAAGAAGUUGGCCGCCGUGCAUGGCAAACUGCAGGAAGCCUUCACCAAGAUCAUGCACCAGAGUUCCGGCUGGGAGCUCCAGCGCGUGUUUGGGACGUAUUUCCGCGUGGGCUUCUACGGCGCCCGCUUUGGCGACCUGGAUGAGCAGGAGUUUGUGUACAAGGAGCCAUCGAUCACGAAGCUGGCAGAGAUCUCACACCGGCUGGAGGAGUUCUACACGGAGAGAUUUGGCGACGACGUGGUUGAGAUGAUCAAAGACUCUAACCCUGUGGACAAGUCCAAGCUUGACGCACAGAAGGCCUACAUCCAGAUCACGUAUGUGGAACCGUACUUUGACACCUACGAGCUCAAGGACCGGGUGACCUACUUUGACCGCAACUAUGGGCUUCGCACAUUCCUGUUCUGCACGCCCUUCACGCCGGAUGGGCGCGCACAUGGGGAGCUGCCCGAGCAACACAAGCGUAAGACGCUGCUCAGCACCGACCACGCCUUCCCCUACAUCAAGACUCGCAUCCGUGUGUGCCACAGGGAGGAGACGGUGCUGACGCCGGUGGAGGUGGCUAUCGAGGACAUGCAGAAGAAAACACGGGAGCUGGCCUUUGCCACCGAGCAGGACCCACCAGAUGCUAAGAUGCUACAGAUGGUGCUUCAGGGCUCCGUGGGGCCCACCGUGAAUCAGGGUCCCCUGGAGGUGGCCCAAGUGUUUUUAGCAGAGAUCCCGGAAGACCCCAAGCUCUUCCGGCAUCACAACAAACUGCGGCUCUGCUUCAAGGACUUCUGCAAGAAAUGUGAGGAUGCGCUGCGGAAAAAUAAGGCCCUGAUUGGGCCGGACCAGAAGGAGUACCACCGCGAGCUAGAGCGCAACUACUGCCGCCUGCGGGAGGCUCUGCAGCCCCUGCUUACCCAGCGCCUGCCCCAGCUGCUGGCACCCACCCCACCUGGCCUCAGGAACUCCUUGAACAGAGCAAGUUUUCGAAAGGCAGACCUCUGAGCCCACAAGGACCAAAGCUGCACCUAGAAGAACCAGCACCCGGCCCUCAGCUAUCUGUGCUGCGAGGGGAGUCUCCCCUGGUGCCCACUGGGCUAUGGGGUGACCACAUUGUACUUGGUGCUGGGCCCUUUGCCCCUGUGUCCCCAUCUGUAUGCACUGAUGCUUCCUCCCUUUUUUAAUUUAAAAUGGUUUUUAUAAGCAA